ACACCUGAACGCUCAGCUAUCAGCGGCAGGUGGCUUUUAUUAGCCGGGCAUAACGCGCCCAAGGAAGAGUCCGCUCACAAUACAGGUAGUAGGUGAACGCUCAACAUGGCGACUCCCGAUCGGUCUUACAGGCGAUAUCGCUCUUGGAACGCCGAUAUUGACGAGACGGGAAGCGAUGCCUUAUUAGAUUACCCUUCGACAGAAAGUAUUCCCUCCAAACGACCACGAUGUGUCAGUCUUUGGACGUGUGUGUUGGCAGUUGUUACCGUCGUCAUAUUGUUUCUGUUGGGAUUUUGCCUCGGCUAUUAUAUCCGAGAGAGCCUCAGCGCUACACAGAUUCAAACUUUCGAUUGCGCUUCGUACCGCAAAGAUAAGUUCAACGAUUCAAAAUUGGAGAGUGUUCAUGAAAAGAUUAUGUAUUUUAUUGCCGAGGAUCCAGGGCGAAUAAGACAGUUCGUAAGAGACUUCGGCAGCAACGACCCCAUCUCCCACAGCCCGCUGGAGAAGAAGUUAGAACAGAUGAUAGAGGAAGAGUUUGAGGAGUACAAUUUUGACGAUGUGGACGUGCAGGAGUACAACAUCAUCACCACGUACCCCGACCCCAAGAAACCCAACCUUCUGCAACUGUUUGACAGCCAGGGGAAAGUAAAAGAUAGUGUUUCCUUGAAGAACUCUCCUGUUGUUGAAGAUAGAAACACGGAAAAUUCCAGUGGGAGUGCGCCUUACGUGAGGUUUCCAUUUGUGUCAAACACGCUGGGAGGAAGUGCUAAGGGUGGCGUGUUCUACGGACAUUAUGGCCGCCUGUCUGACUUGUUGACCUUCAAAGGUCAAGGUAUCAACAUCACAGGUCAAGUUUUGCUCCUUCGAUUAGGCGUAACAUCAGUUGCAGAAAAGCUCCAGGUGGCCCAAGAUGCUGGGGUGGCUGGGGUGCUGCUGUACUGGGACCCCCUGGACAAGGAAUUGGCAGCCCCACAUAAUGCUUCCUUCAUCCCCUAUGCUUCAGCAGGAUGUGAUCGGUCCAGCUUGUUCACCGUACCCACCCAGACAAUCUCAACCAACAUGGCCGCCAAGUUUCUGAGAGAGCUGCGAGGAGCUUCAGUGCCUACGACAUGGAAGGGAGGAUUCAAUACCACGUACAGAUAUGGAGCAGGCAACUUUACAGUGAAGAUUACAACAUUUAACAAGAGGAAAGAAGUGUUUAUAAGGAAUGUUGUCGGCAAACUUAGUGGAUAUUCAGAGCCUGACAACUACGUGAUUGUUGGAGCUCCCCGAUCCUCCUUCCCAGGAUCCUCUACUGAUGCUCUCGUCUCCACGGCCCUGCUGCGGCAGAUCGCGUGGAGCUUACAAUACAAGAAGACCGACCAAUGGAAACCAAGGCGUGGGAUAAAGCUCAUAUCGUGGGGAGGGUCGGAAUUCUCUAAUGCUGGGAUGAGAGAGUACAUCAAGGCCAAUGUGCACCUCCUUAGCAGGAGAGCUGUUGCCUAUUUCGAUCUAAGUGAACUCGCCACGGGGAACAAGACCAUCAUCGCCACAGUCACGCCAGCGUUGAGGAAGUUGCUCAACACCGCCGCUCACAGGGUUCCCAAUCCCUUGAAUCCAGAGACCAUGAUCCUUGAGGACUGGGACAGAAAGUCCGCUGAAAGCCCCUCACACUGGUCUCCGUUCAAACUGUACACACAGGAUGCCACACGCCACCCCUUCCUUCAUCUCGUGGGGGUCCCCGAGCUUCACCUCCAGUUUGUGGGAAGGAGCAGCGAGACUCCUGGAAACAUAGAUGACAUGAGAGAGCUUGAUAGUCGCCACCACUUCAAAUACCACAUUGCCGUGAGCCGUGUUGUCACCAUGGCGAUGCUGAGGCUUGUUGACGACUACGUGCUGCCAUACUCCAUCAACGACUACGCACAGACUCUACACGUGGCAGUGUGGCAGACAUCCGAGGCAAUCAAGGAAUGUUCCGAUGAAUUUAGAGAUCUAGCACCUGAGCUGACCGUCACAGACCUUCUGACAGAGACAACCACAGCGUUCGAGGACCUCAUCCAGAUCUACCGCAAAAACCAGGACAUCCUCGGGGUGAAAUCAGUCAACGAAGUUAAGAUGUUGUUUGAGCGAAUAUUUGUAACCGAUUACUCAGGAAAACGGUUUUCAACCCAUCACGUCUUGUAUCCAGCUCUUCACGACGACAGCAGUAUUGAACAUGCUCAAGAAUUAUGUCGAGUUGCCAAGGAGACUAAUAAGUGGGAUAAAGUGGAUAAAUUUCAACAAAAACUCUACAGGGUCUUACACGAAGCCCUCAGAAGUUUGCGAAUGAAUGAGUGAAAGUAUUUCAUCUGCAUGUCGCGCAUGCAUGGGAUAGUGCAAUUACCUCCCUUGGCAGGAGCUCUUCUGCAAUGAAGUUACUAUUAUCAGUCAAUAUCUGAUCAGAGAAGAAGCUGUCAAGCAGACGAUCUGAUUGGAAGGAGUUAUUUAUAUACCGGUAACCAGACCAGUGAACGUAUUUGCACGUGAUAUGUGGAUACUGUUGGUAUGAACGUGGUAUUCUUCAACAAGGAUUAUUUACCCAGAAAUAUUCAUGAUGGAAUGAUGGAAUAUUAAGAUGACAAUCAGUUUUACAAUGUCUCAAGGAGGACUCCAUCUUGUACUGUUUACCCAACAGCUGAUAAUAACUUACUGCGACAAGACUUGCAAGGAAUCUCUCAUUUAAUCUCAUUCUUGGACCUGGAAAGGAAGACUGCACCCUGGACGGAUAUUGGAUCUGUAUUGUUGAAUGACAAAAGUGCGAAUCUGUUAGUGCGCAUAUUUUCAUGGUUAUCCUAUAGAGAGAAUAGAAUGCCUACUCAGCCAUGGUUAAAUGAAUGGUUAUUUAGAUUAGGGGAAAGACCUUCGUGUGCCUCUUUGUGAAGGAGUAUCAUGGCCCGUUCAAACCCUGUGGAGUUGGGUUCAAACCCAGACUAAGAGCGAACACAUGAACCUUUGGGAUACUCCCUCUGGCCUGCUAAAAGUGACUGGUCACAACUGUAAUUGACAGGACACAGUUUUCCUGUAUUUUUUUAAUGUCUUCUGUCUCAUGUGACACCGUGUUUAUCGACUCCAUGUGUAUAUAUUCAUGUGAAGAAGGUGCUAAUCCCUCGGGGUCCACACAUGUCAAAACAAUUUUGACGGAGUGUUCAUCUUCACAUUUUGAACUACAUGCCAUAAUUGUGUUGUACAAAUGAUUAUUACAUCCUUCAGUCUGU